GAGAAGAAGAAGAGACAAGACGAGGGAAAUUUAUGAGGAGAAAAGACGUGAUUUUCGCGUUUCUUUGAGGAUUUAAAAACGAAAAUCUUGCCUGCAAUCAGAAGUACUGCCCGCAUUUUUACCGCGAGGAGGUGACUCGUUAUUACUUCGGACUGUUUCAUCCACACCCAUAAAGUGAUUGAGACCUUCAGUGAAGCUCCUCCUACAACAAUCCACCAAUAAAUGCUGGAGUCAAACACACAGAGAAAUCACUCAAUGUGUGACAACUGAAAUCUUCAUGACAUAAUGUUGAUGCUGGUAAAAGAGGAGCUUGAGAAGAUGACAGAUCCACAACCAUGCAGAAUAAAGCUAGAAGAUACUGAGGAACAAAUAGAUAUGAUGGGAGUGAAAGAGGAGAGUCAAGCUGAAGUGGAUGAGAAAUAUCAGAUUGUAAAAAUAAACCAUAAUGUUUCACUGAAAGAAACUCUGAAGACAGAAGACAUAAAGUGUGAAAAUAGUUUCAGUGAAGAUGAACGCCCUGAAGAUCACAAGAGGACUCACAGUGAGGAGAAACCUUUCACAUGUCAACAGUGUGGAAAGAGUUUCAGAAGAAAAGAUAACCUUACAGAUCACAAGAGGACUCACAGUGAGAAGAAACCUUUCACAUGUCAACAGUGUGGAAAGAGUUUUAGAAGAAAAGGUCACCUUAAAGCACACACAAGGAUUCACAUCGGAGAGAAACCGUCCACAUGCCAUGAGUGUAAAAAAUGUUUCAGAAUAAAAAGUAGCCUUAUAGCACACAUGAAAAUUCACAAAAGAGAGAAACCUCACAUGUGUUUUCAUUGUGGAAAGAGUUACUGUGAUAAACGUGGACUUGAGAUUCACAUGAGAAUUCACACUGGGGAGAAACCUUUCAGAUGUAAACAGUGUGGAAAGAGUUUCACCUUUCAAUCAGGCCUUUGCCGGCACAAGAACAUUCACAGGAGGGAAAUGUUAUAUGCAUGCCAGCAUUGUGAAAAGAGUUUCCCAGAUAAGUGUCAACUUAAGAUACACAUUAGAAUUCACACUGGAGAGAAACCUUACACUUGUCAUCUGUGUGGAAAGAGUUUCAGAACAAAAGUUAACCUUAACUUACACAUGAGGGUUCACACUGGAGAGAAACCACAUCUGUGUCAUCAGUGUGGAAAGAGUUUUAUAACUGCAGCUAAACUUAAGAUACACAUUAGGACUCACACUGGAGAGAAACCUUACACAUGUCAACAAUGUGGAAAGAGUUUCUCUGUUGAAAGUAACCUUAAGAGGCAUGCAAGAAUUCACACUGGAUAGAAACAAUAGGUGUGUUUUCAGUGUGGAAAGAGUUUCAGAGAUAAACGUGGACUUGAGACUCACAUGAGAAGUCACACUGGAGAGAAACCUUACAUAUGUCUUCAGUGUGAAAGGAGUUACACAAGUGAAGUUUAAGACACACAUGGCAAAUCACACCACAGAAAAAACGUUCACAUGUCAUCACUGUGGAAAGAGUUUUAUACAUAUGUAUUACCUCAAUAGAAAUGGAAAGAAAAUAGACUCAAAAUUAUUAACAAAUACAUGCACAGUUAUCUGUGAACUGGAUGCAUGUUAGAAAUGUAUUUUACUAUCCACGAACAAAUGUCUUAAAAUUUGAAUAUGUGAAAUUCAGAAUAUCAAUGAACGUGUAUCGAUUUACACAAAUGUACAAAUGUUUUAUUUUGUAUUCAAAUAUCAUAAUUUGCACAUGCAAAAAGGGAGAUGUGCAUUUGUGGAUCAGGUGACACGCGUGCAUUAAUCCCGUUCUGUUCAUUUGUAUAUUGAGACUUUCAUUUAGCCGUUUAAAGCAUUUUAUGAGCCAAAUACAAACAACUAUCAAUGAAUGAACUAAACAGAUGUCUUUCAUUUUGUGUCUGUGAAUUUUUAUAUUUACGUGAAUGUGCAUCGAUUUGUACAAACAGAGACAUAUUUGUGAAUUCAGUUGGCAUAUUUCUUAUAAUUAUUUCACAAUUUGUGCACGCAAAAAAGAGGAUGUGCAUUUGUGGAUCAGGCGACGCGCAUGCAUUCAUCCUGUUCUGUUCAUACGAGUUUUGAGACUUAAGUAGCGUGGUUUGCAUUGAAAGACCCACGAGCACAGCUGUGCUAAGAAAACAGUUACCACUAGGUGUCAGUCUAACAGAGUUUCACACAUCGUGGUGAAUUAUGUUUUCUGUGUUUCCCUUUAGUCUGGUGUUUUUAUAGCAUUAACGUUUAUUAUCUAUAUAUAUUAAAUGUAUAUAUUAUAUAUAUAUAUUAUAGCAUAACAUUAUAUAUGAGGACUUGAAACGUAGCGAUGGUAAAGUAUGGUAUAUACCCCAUCACGGUGUUUACCACCCUCGGAAAGGAAAGCUCCGCGUUGUAUUUGUUUGUGGCGCUACAUUUCAAGGGAUGUCUUUGAAUACCCAACUAUUACAGGGAACAGACCUUACAAGUUCAUUGAUUGGAGCAAUAACCAGAUUUAGGAAGGAACAAGUUGUGAUCAUGGCAGAUAUUGAAGCUAUGUUCCAUCAGGUCAGGGUGCCAAAAGAUGAUGCAGAUCUGCUGAGAUUUCUUUGGUGGCCUGAUGGUGACCUUACUCAAAACAUGGUGGACUAUCGUAUGGUUGUACAUCUCUUUGGAGCUACUUCGUCACCUAGCUGUGCAAAUUUUGCUCUCAGACGUUGUGCACAAGAUGACAAAGACUUCAGCCAGGAAGUUAUGCAAUCUUGCAUAGUUUUUAUUUGGAUGACUGUUUUCUGUCAGUAAAUUCAGAGGAUAAAGCCAUUUCUCUGUAUCAUGACCUUGUUGCUAUAUGUGCAAAGGGAGGCUUUACAUUAACCAAAUUGAUCAGCACCAACCGAGACGUUCUGGCAAGAAUUCCAGAAGAGUUCAAAGCAAAAAAUGUAAAGGAUUUGGACCACGACUUGCUUCCAGUGGAGAGAGCACUUGGAGUUCAAUGGUGCAUACAAUCUGAUGCCUUUAAGUUUAAGAUUGUAUUGCAGCAAAGACCUUUAACCAAAAGAGGGAUCCUCUCAACCAUGAGUUCUGUUUAUGAUCCCUUAGGAAUUCUUUCUCCUGUGAUUUUAUAUGCAAAAAAGGUCUUGCAAGACUUGUGCAGAAAGAAACUGGGCUGGGAUGAUAUAAUUCCUGUUUUAAGUGCUCAGGAAUGGAGUAGUUGGUUAAAUGGAUUACAUGAUUUGGAAAACUUUAAGAUUGAUAGAUGCUUUAAACCUGUGGGUUUCGGAGAGGUGAGAACAGCACAGUUACAUCAUUUUUCGGACGCAAGUGAGGAUGGUUAUGGAGUAGUUACCUGCUCUUACAUGAUUUCAGCUAACAAGUGCACGUUGCCUUUGUAAUGGGAAAAUCGAGAGUAGCCCCUCUGAAGUCAGUAUCUAUCCCUCGUAUGGAACUAACAGCAGCAACAUUGUCAAGUCGAAUGGAUUCAUUGCUGAGAACAGAACUGUCCAUGCAUCUUCAAGACUCUGUCUUUUGGACUGACAGUACUUCUGUAUUGAAAUACAUUAAAAAUGAAGUCUCUAGGUACCGAAUCUUUGUUGCUAACAGAGUUUCAGAAAUCCUCAAGGUGUCUCAACCAUCACAAUGGCGGUACGUAAACACUGCUCUAAAUCCAGCAGAUAUAGCUUCAAGAUGGUUAAAUGUGGAAUCUUUUGAAGAACAAGGAUUGGGUCUUUGGACCUCAGUUUCUCUCUCUUCCUGAACAGGAAUGGCCAGUUAAUCUUACUGAUUUGGGAGAAUAUUCAUCAGAUGAUCCAGAGCUAAAGAGAAGUGUGGAGGACAAUAUGGAUGUUAUAAUGCAGUUAAUCCAGUAUUUCUCUUUUUGGACUCUUUUAAAGAGAUCAGUAGCUUGGAUUCUCAGAUUUAAGCAGUUACUUCUAAAUCUAAGUCAGAAGAGAAAAUCAUUGAGAAUGUCGUUGACACAAUCUAACACGGAUGAAACUCAACAAAAACAACAGUUGAAAGAGGAAAUGGAGGAAAUAAAGACUCAGUGUGGUAAAACCAAGCUUUCUGUGGAAGAGCUAAAAAGGUCUGAAUUGGAGAUAAUUCGCCACUGCCAAAGGAAAAGAUACUUUGAUGAAUUCUCAAGCCUGGAAAAGAGAGAACAUGUCAAACGGAACAGUCAAAUUUACAAGCUUAAUCCAGUACUUGAAGAUUGUGUUCUAAGAGUAGGUGGACGGUUGAGUAGGGCAGCCAUGCCUGAAGAAACAAAACACCCUGCUAUACUUGCAAAAGAUUUUCACAUCUCCAGCAUUAUUCUUAAACACAUACAUCAAGAAGUGGGUCAUGGUUGCCGAAAUUACAUGCUCUCAAGGUUACAUCAGAAUUAUUGGAUUCCUGGUGCUAGUGGAGCCAUAAGGAAGAUCAUAUCCAAGUGCAUGAUCUGCAAACGUUUGCAGGCAGCACCAGCGCAUCAACAGAUGGCAAACCUACCUCUGAACAGAGUCUCUCCAGACAAACCUCCAUUUACAUAUGUCAGAGUUGACACUUUUGGACCUUUUGAAAUUAAAAGUAGAAGAAGUAUUGUCAAAAGGUACGGUGUUAUCUUCACAUGUCUAACCAUUAGUGCAAUUCAUAUUGAAGUGUUAUCAUCAUUGCAUACUGACUCCUUCAUUAAUGCACUAAGAAGAUUUAUCGCAAGUCCUAGAAAUGCAGUCUGAC